UUGCAACUGCCCCCUUUCCGCAUUGCUCCCUAGGGUCGGGGAGGAAGCUUCCACCGGGGUCAGAGCUCUCUCUGGCCUUCACAGUUCCCUCGCUCCCCGCACCCCCUCUCUCACUAGCUGGGGAAGCUUGACAACAGUUGCCAAGGCCGACAGCAGGCGCCGCCCCGCCCCUGCUACUCUGGAGUGUGGACGUCACUUCCGUCGGUGACCCCCUUCCCGACCCUGUUAAGGGAUCGCUGCGACCCGUGGAGGUGCGCAACGCCAGCUCCCUCCUAGGGGGCGGCGGCCUGGGGGCUACCAUGGCCCCCAACCACCUGUCAGUGCGGGAGAUGAGGGAAGAUGAGAAGCCGGUGGUGCUGGAGAUGCUGAAGGCUGGUGUAAAGGACACAGAAAACCGUGUGGUCCUCCACGCCCUGACACGCCCGCCGGCCCUUCUCCUCCUGGCCGCAGCCAGUAGCGGCCUGCGCUUCGUCCUGGCCUCUUUCGCUCUGGCUCUCCUGCUGCCCGUGUUCCUAGCUGUUGCCGCUGUGAAGCUGGGGUUGCGAGCCCGCUGGGGCUCUUUGCCUCCUCCAGGUGGCCUGGGGGGCCCCUGGGUGGCUGUCCGGGGUUCUGGUGAUGUGUGCGGAGUCCUGGCCCUGGCCCCUGGCGCCAACUUGGGGGAGGGGGCCCGAGUCACCCGCCUCUCCGUGUGUCGUUGGCACCGCCGCAGGGGAGUGGGUAGGAGGCUGCUGGCCUUCGCAGAGUCCCGGGCUAGAGCCUGGGCAGGGAGUAUUGGGGAGCCCCGGGCCCGGCUAGUGGUCCCAGUGGCUGUGGCCGCUUGGGGGGUGGCAGGGUUGCUAGAGGGCUGUGGCUACCAGGCUGAGGGGGGUUGGGGCUGCAUGGGCUAUACCCUGGUUAGGGAGUUCAGCAAGGACCUGUGACUGCAGACCAUGCCCUCUGGGGAGAUAGAUGGGCAGAGAACCAGUACCUAAGGAGGUAUACAAAUAUGCCGGGCACUUUACACCCCCUCCCUCAAUUGCUCCCCAGUCUGCUCACAGCAGCCUUGCCAGGCUCAGAGGGGCUGCUGAACUCAGUAGGAUGAAUCCUUUUUUCCCUUCUGGGCCCCCAGGGGCCACUAGAGGUCAGCCGAUCCAAUCCCUGCCUUCCAGGUCUGUCUGCACUGGAAAACCUGUCUGGGCCGGGUCCUGUAAAGUCCCUGCUGUGUGAGCUCUAGGCCUGGGAGGGAUAUUUAGGGAGAGUGAGCAGGCAAAGCCGGCUCCAAGAGUUAGGGUCUGCAUCUGGGUACUUCCCAAGGGGACAGGCCUCCCGGGAGUGGGUGGAGCUGCGGGGAAUGGGCCUCUGGGCCCAUAUGGUUUUUUACAUUGUUAAUAAAGCCUGAAACUGCUGUG